AUGGCAGCGGCUCAGCAGUCGGAUCGGGCUUUUCAGCUCAAGGCACAGGCUGUGACUGCUUUGAGCAAGGAUCGGUAUCAUGUUGCCCUUCCCCUUUUACAGGAGGCCGCAGGUCGGGUCGUGGGCUCGCCGUCGUGUGCUGACCGCGCCACGCCAAGGGCAUCAGCUCUCAUGGCUCGGAUGUGCCCGCCCGCCCAGCGUAGAAUUCUCAAAACGCGUUUCUACACGGACAAGGCAACACAUUGCCUCACCCUCAUUGCCCUGGCCCGUGCUGCCGUCGAAGCACUACAGCCACGACCGGCGAGCCAGGCCACCGACAAGAAUCCAGGUCAAGGCAGCUCCAGCAACAAGGAUGCGGUGCCCAAUGACCAGGAUUCUGGCGGCCAAGCCCUCGCCCCGGCUUCCGCGCCCACCGAAGCCCUCCAAAGACUGCGCGAGCGCGUCGAAGACCUGGAAGCCCGCUUGGACGCUCUGCAACAAGCCCUCUAUCAACAGGUGGGUACAUCCCGGUUGACCGAGUUCAAGCCCUAG